AUGUCUAUCGUGCCAUACCUUUACGACGUGGAAAGACCAUUGCGCAUGAUGGAACGUGAUUUCUUCCGAUCGCCGUUGGAAUUGGUGCCUCGUAAUUUCUUUGGUCCACAAUUCGCCAGACCAUGGGAAAACAUUAUGCAGGAAUGGGACAAUAUUUUACGACCAGUGCAGCAGUUAUCACGAGCGAAGGAUCAACUCGCAUUAAAUCAAAUUGAGCCGAAAAUAACUUCAGAUGACGAGAAAUUUCAGGUUUAUGUGGAUGUGCAGCAUUUCGGCCCAGAGGAGAUCAGUGUCAAGGUUGUCAAAGGGAACGUAAUCAUCGAAGGGAAUCAUAAAGAGAAACAAGAUCGACAUGGAUUCAUUUCUAGACAGUUUGUGAGACGAUACGCGCUUCCAAAAGGACCUUUUUACCUGAUACCGUAA